AUGCCCUGCUCCGUGUCAUCCCCGAGCAGCAGCUGUACCACGAGCCGCAUCCGUCUCCACGGCGACGCGCUCAGAAGUCCCAAACAGAGUCCGCCUCACUUUCCGCUCCGCCGCCAGAACAUGUUCUCACAAACACCACCGACACCCGUGACUCCUCGUGAUGAUGGGGAAGAGACAGACUCUGGUGUGACAACAGGCUACAAUCCAAUGACUGCUAACAUCUCCCAGAUCCCGGGCCUGUCCCCCCUCGCCAGCUUCCCCCCCGAUGAGAACGCUUCAGGACGGAGAAACGCAGUCCGUGACACUGACUCUGACUAUGUCAAGCUCUCCAAACAAGGAGGGCAGAAGGGACUUUUGAGGCACGAGCCAACAGUCGCUGCUAAACCUAAUGCAUACACACCUCCCAGCUGGAACUUCUAUCCAUCAGAGGACAAGAGCCACCAAAGUCUCAAUAACACUGUGGAGGAGAAAAUCCCUGAAGUGUUUCAACCACUGGAGCCUCCCUUCGGGAGCGACAGUCUGACGGCCUGGGAGAGGACUGGUACCAGCAACACCAGUCGCAAAGACAAGAACAACAACGGUCACUACAACCAGCAGGAGAAGCUGCUGACACCCAACCAAAAUCUAGAGUUCAGCAAAUUCAGGAGGAAGGUCCACGACAAGAAACCGGCUCCGACCGACAUGUCCAAGCUGUUGAGCUUCGGUUACGCAGACGAAGACAAACCGACUAGCCAACACUGACAUGUCCAAUUAGAAGACUGCCAGUGCAUGGAAAACUAACCUCUAUCCAGUCCUCCCCUGGGACAACCCUCACCUCUUCAGAAAUAAUGUUAGGACCUUCUAUUUUUCAUGAAUGUUAGUGGCGUCUCAUUACCUGUGUUUGUUAAAUUAGGAAGGCGCCAGAUGGAAAGGUCCUGUGUUACAAGGUUUUAUUUUUUAAAUCUGUAAAAAAGCAGUUUUCAGGAAUAAAAAUGUGAGAAUUUCAACAAAA